UCAGACUUUUCGCUCCGGCCGAUCCGGCUAAUCCUGCUAACCCUCGAUGGAUUACUAUCCCCACGGCCCAGCACCGGGUGUGGCUCACGGCGCUCACGGCCACCAUGCGCAUGGCUAUGGCCGCCCCGUGAACAACGUGCCGCACCUGGGCCAUGGGGGACACCCCCAAGGGCAUCCCGGACACCCGCACCAUGGACAGCAUGGACAUGGACCGCCCCCUGGACAGCCGGGGACGCAGAUUGAUGAACAGGUCCUGGGUUAUGUGGAAGACCUGCAACUUGGAGAUGAACACAGUGAUGUGGUGCGUGAAAAUGCCCUCCUUGAGCUUUCCAAGCGACGAGAGUUCGUACAUGAUUUAGCACCACUCUUAUGGCAUUCCUGUGGCACCAUCUCAGUGCUGAUUCAGGAGAUCGUUGAGAUCUAUCCCUACCUCACUUCAAACGCCAAUGCUGCGGAUCUAACCCCAAAUGCCUCGAACCGGGUCUGUAAUUCCUUGGCUUUGCUACAGUGUGUGGCAUCGCAUCCCGACACGCGGCCCCUCUUCCUGAGGGCUCGACUUCCGCUGUUGCUAUUUCCAUUUCUGAACACCUCGAGCACAGACAGACCCUUUGAGUACUUGCGGCUCACUUCCCUGGGAGUCAUUGGAGCGUUGGUCAAAGUGGAUGAUCAGUCGGUCACGAAUUUCCUGCUCAACACAGAGAUUGUCCCAUUGUGCUUGAGGAUUAUGGAGAAUGGAAGUGAACUUUCCAAAACGGUGGCCACAUUUAUCGUGCAGAAGUUGUUGUUGGACGAGGCAGGCCUCUGCUUUGUCUGUCAGACCCCGGAACGCUUCUAUGCUGUGGCCAAAGUCUUGGCCAAGAUGGUGGACGUCUUGGUGGAGUUUCCUUCCAUCCGUUUAUUGCGCCACGUGGUCCGCUGCUACCUGCGCUUGUGUGACAACCGACUGGCCAAGGAAGUCUUGCGACAAAGUCUGCCUGACGCCCUGGCGUCGGACCCCUCCUUGCAGAGACUUCCUGAGAGCAUCCGCCAGAGCUUGGAGGAGGACCAAGCCACAAAGCGCUGGUUGCAGAACCUGCUCCAAAUUCUGAACUACAAAUGAUCCGAAGAUUUCCGAUGCAAUUUAUG